GGAGCGGACCCGUCCUCGGACCGCCGCAAGCGGCCGCCCGCGGAGCCCGCCGGCGCGCGCCUAAGAUGGCCACGCUGCUCCGCAAGAUCGGGUUUAUCCGCCUGCACAACCGGGACACCGAGGACCCCAAGCACCACCACAACCACCGCGCCGGCGGCGGCGGCCCGCAGAGCGCGUCGCUGCGCGGCAAAGGCGGCGCCAAGAGCGGCGGCCACAAGCCGGCGCCGCCGAACCCCGGGGGCGCGGGCGCCGCCAGCCCCGGGCCCGGCAAGGGCAAGGGCAAGCGCGCGGCGGAGCCAGCCCCGCGCGACAAGCCGCCGCAGCCGGGCGCGGGCGCGGGCCCCGCGGGCGCAGGGGGCCCCCGCGAGCGGGCGGCGGGCGCCCGGGCGGUGCCGGGGCCGGGGCCAGGGCCGGGGCCGGCGGGCGGCCUGGGGCCCGCGGCGCGCCAGCAGCACUGCACGCAGGUGCGCAGCCGGCGGCUCAUGAAGGAGCUGCAGGACAUCGCGCGGCUCAGCGACCGCUUCAUCUCGGUGGAGCUGGUGGACGAGAGCCUCUUCGACUGGAACGUGAAGCUGCACCAGGUGGACAAGGACUCGGUGCUGUGGCAGGACAUGAAGGAGACCAACACGGAGUUCAUCCUGCUCAACCUCACCUUCCCCGACAACUUCCCCUUCUCGCCGCCCUUCAUGCGGGUGCUCAGCCCGCGCCUGGAGAACGGCUACGUGCUGGACGGCGGCGCCAUCUGCAUGGAGCUGCUCACGCCGCGCGGCUGGUCCAGCGCCUACACCGUGGAGGCCGUCAUGCGCCAGUUCGCCGCCAGCCUCGUCAAGGGCCAGGGGCGGAUCUGCAGGAAAGCGGGCAAGUCAAAAAAGUCCUUCAGUCGCAAGGAAGCAGAAGCUACCUUUAAGAGUUUGGUGAAGACUCACGAGAAGUAUGGCUGGGUCACCCCUCCCGUGUCUGACGGCUGACGUCUGCAUGUGUCCUCGACGUGCACCGCCUGCCCACACGCCACCCUGCCGCCCUCCCGCCGCUGCACACCCGCCGCCCUUUUCUACUCCAGCCAGAACUGUAUCCUGAAUGCGAAGGACACACUUAAGUUAUUUAUGACCAGACGCGUUUACAAAGAGAACGAGCAAACGCUGUUUGGGAUUAUGUUUCCACAUUAAAUGAAUGCUCUUCUCCAAGUCACUUUAGAACAAAUGUUGAUGGAGACGGCGGCAUCGCCCGUCUGCUGCCCUCUGCCCUCCCGUCACCCACCCCUAGCUUCGUUCAAGACUGCAGCUCUGGCCGGCCGGCGGAAGCGCCGCAGCCUGCCUUCAUCUCAUGCGCGAUGCUGUUCUGUGUACUCGAGCUCUCUAGCUCUGUUUCUCUUCCUGGCAGGUCAGCGUAACUUGAAGACAUGUCUUUCUUUCUGUGGCCUGUGGUCUGCUGUGAUGACAUUUAGACCUCAUUCGUGCUAUGACAUUUGGCUCAUGAAAACACAAAUCUAACCAGUGCCAGGCUCUAGUGAUAACUUAAAACUACAACUGCCCACUUGGUUCAAAUGUGCUCUCUAUGCUGAUUUUGUGGUGUGCUGUUCACAGAUAAACCAGUGCCAUGUAAUGAGGGGCUGCUGCGGCCACCAGAGGGGACAGGACUUCAGGUGCUGGGGCCCAGAGCAGCGGCCCAGGGAGCAGCAUUAGGUGUGUAGGAGUGCUCCAAGGACAGUGCAGCUGGAUCCCUGUCUCCUCUCAGCCACCAAAAGAAAAAGACAAUUUCCCAUUCGCUGCUGUCAUGAGACUCAUUCUAUCAUAUGUGCUAGUGACAGGGAACACCAGAACUGCCAAAAGACACCAAGUGACCCUAGGAGGGUUUGCAUGACUGGGUCUGUUUCUUCACCCACCACUCACUUGUGUGUCCCCAAGGUUGAGGCGCAAGCACCCUGGCUGUGGUGUAAACUUCCUGUCAUUUAAUCUCCCCACACUUUCAUUUUUCUCUUCUGUUAAAUGACCUAGAACUUUCUAAGAAACUCCAUGAGAUGAGGAAAUACUGUUUAUAAUAACAUACAGAAAGAGAUAAAAUGUUCAUUCCAAGUGGAAAAUCUUAUUGGACACAUUUUAAAUAAAAUCAUGCAUACCUAA